GCGUUCAGUUGGGUUAGUUGGUAGUGGCGGUGGUCGUGAGGUUUGUGUGAGGUGGUGUAAGUCAUCGACUUCUAGGAUAAUUGAGGCGGAGCACCGGCCUACUCUUCUGAACGCUGUCUGUGGCCAGCAUUUCAUAUAGAAGAAAUUUGAUGUCCAUCUCGUUUCACUACAGAUUCCAAAACACAAUUUCCCGAUGACCCGAAGAUAAGGAUUAGCUGCCACAAGAUCAGGGGAAAACGAUGAUGCGUUCUUGAAAAUAAAUCCGUAUGGCUUAAAAGGAGCUACUGUUUUCAAGAGAGCUGUGUUCCACAGAUUUUGAAUUAACCCGAAGGAUUGUGCUCAGACGCAAACGAAGAUGGCUACUAUCGACGGGCGGCCGGCGCAGUACGGCAUCACGCUGAAGCAGCUGCGUGACCUGAUGGAGCUGCGUGGCCGUGAGGGCAUUGGCAAGGUCAACGAGCUCGGCGGGGUUCAAGAAAUCUGCAGGAAGCUCUACACCUCUCCCAGCGAAGGUCUCAGUGGAUCAAAGGUAGACAUUGAACACAGGCGAGAAACAUUUGGUUCAAAUGUGAUACCGCCAAAACCACCUAAAACGUUUCUGCAGCUUGUUUGGGAAGCUCUUCAAGAUGUUACUCUUAUCAUUUUGGAGGUUGCUGCUUUGGUAUCACUUGGUCUUUCUUUUUAUCAACCAUCAGAUGAAGGAGCUGCACAUUUUGAUGAAGAUGAAGCAAAACAUGGCUGGAUAGAGGGUUUGGCCAUUCUCAUCUCUGUAAUAGUAGUGGUGAUUGUGACAGCAUUCAAUGAUUACACAAAAGAAAGACAGUUUCGGGGUCUACAAAGUAGAAUUGAAGGUGAACACACAUUUUCUGUGAUAAGAGGUGGUGAAGUUAAGCAAAUUUCUGUUGGUGAUAUAGUUGUAGGCGACAUAUGCCAGGUGAAAUAUGGGGAUCUCCUUCCAGCAGAUGGUAUUCUUAUACAGAGCAAUGACCUUAAGAUCGAUGAAUCUUCGUUAACGGGAGAAUCAGAUCAUGUGAAAAAGGGCGAGUCAUUUGAUCCCAUGGUAUUAUCAGGAACUCAUGUAAUGGAAGGCAGUGGCAAGAUGUUGGUAACUGCAGUUGGUGUAAACUCCCAAGCUGGUAUAAUUUUCACCCUUCUGGGAGCUGCUGUUGACCAACAGGAGGCAGAAAUAAAGAAGAAGAAGAAAGAAGCUAAGAAACAGCGGAAGAAGAAGAGCUUGACAGGAGCUGCUGAAGAACCUGAGGCAGCACCUGUUACAGGAAACAGCCAUGUGAGUGUCCCAGCUGCACAAAUUACAGACAGAACAGCCAACAAACACAGUGCUGAUGUUCCUCCACCUUCAGAGAAUCACGCACAGGCCCCACCGCCGGAAUCCCACAAGAAAGAGAAAUCUGUACUUCAAGCCAAGUUGACAAAACUUGCAAUACAAAUAGGAUAUGCAGGUUCUAGUAUUGCUGCUUUGACAGUGGUAAUACUUGUUGUGCAGUUCUGUGUUAAAACAUUUGUUUUUGAAAAAGAAACAUGGAAGACAUCAUAUGCUAAUGAACUUGUGCGACAUCUGAUCAUUGGUGUUACCGUGUUGGUUGUUGCUGUACCUGAAGGGCUUCCACUUGCUGUAACCCUGUCACUGGCAUACUCUGUCAAGAAAAUGAUGAAAGACAACAACCUGGUUAGGCAUCUUGAUGCCUGUGAAACUAUGGGAAAUGCUACUGCAAUUUGCUCUGAUAAGACUGGCACUCUUACCACUAACAGGAUGACAGUGGUACAAACAUAUAUAUGUGAAAAAUUAAGCAAAACUUUACCAAAAUUCUCUGAUAUUCCAGAGCAUGUGGCCAAUCUAAUGGUUCAAGCUAUAUCCAUCAACUGUGCCUAUACCUCACGUGUAAUGCCACCAGAUGAACCUGGAGAAUUGCCAAAGCAAGUUGGAAACAAGACAGAGUGUGCUCUUCUGGGAUUUGUUCAAGCCAUGGGCAAAAAUUACCAGACCGUAAGAGAUGACACACCAGAAGAGGUAUUCACAAGGGUCUACACCUUCAAUUCUGUGAGGAAGUCGAUGAGUACUGUGGUACCAAGACAGGGAGGUGGUUAUAGACUCUUUACCAAAGGAGCUUCAGAAAUAAUGUUAAAGAAAUGUGCAUUUAUCUACGGUCGUGAUGGACACCUGGAGAAGUUCACUAGAGAAAUGCAAGAUAGGCUUGUGCGACAGGUGAUAGAACCCAUGGCAUGUGAUGGUCUUCGUACCAUCUCCAUAGCGUAUAGAGAUUUUGUGCCAGGAAAGGCUGAAAUAAAUCAAGUUCACAUUGACAAUGACCCUAAUUGGGAUGAUGAGGAAAAUAUUGUCAACAACUUGACUUGCUUGUGUGUCGUGGGGAUUGAAGAUCCUGUUCGACCUGAGGUACCAGAUGCUAUAAGGAAGUGUCAGCGAGCUGGAAUCACUGUUCGGAUGGUGACUGGUGAUAAUAUAAACACUGCUAGGUCGAUAGCAUCGAAAUGUGGAAUUAUAAAACCCGGUGAUGACUUCCUUAUUUUGGAAGGCAAAGAAUUCAACAGGAGAAUAAGAGACAGCAAUGGAGAGGUUCAGCAACAUCUAUUGGAUAAAGUGUGGCCUAAGCUUAGGGUUUUAGCAAGGUCAUCACCAACAGACAAAUACACUCUUGUCAAGGGUAUUAUCGACAGCAAAAUAAGCGAUAGUAGAGAAGUAGUUGCUGUGACAGGAGAUGGAACUAAUGAUGGUCCUGCAUUGAAGAAGGCUGAUGUAGGAUUUGCCAUGGGUAUUGCUGGAACAGAUGUUGCAAAAGAAGCUUCAGAUAUCAUUCUGACAGAUGAUAAUUUCAGCAGUAUUGUCAAAGCUGUAAUGUGGGGCCGCAAUGUGUAUGACAGUAUAGCAAAGUUCCUACAGUUCCAGCUUACAGUUAAUGUGGUUGCUGUCAUUGUCGCUUUUAUAGGAGCUUGCGCUGUCCAAGACAGUCCACUCAAGGCUGUGCAGAUGCUGUGGGUGAAUCUGAUUAUGGACACACUGGCUUCAUUAGCUCUAGCAACAGAGAUGCCUACACCAGAUCUGCUUCUCCGGAAACCUUACGGAAGAACGAAACCUCUUAUUUCUAGAACAAUGAUGAAAAACAUUUUAGGCCAAGCAGUGUACCAGCUCUCUGUCAUUUUUGCACUCCUUUUUGUAGGAGAUAAAAUGCUAGACAUUCCAACAGGAAGAGAUUCACCCGUUGCUAGUCAACAUUUUACCAUUAUAUUUAAUACAUUUGUCAUGAUGACUUUAUUCAAUGAAAUAAAUGCUAGAAAAAUUCAUGGCCAAAGGAAUGUGUUUGAAGGAAUUUUUACAAAUCCAAUUUUCUACAGCAUUUGGAUUGGAACUUGCCUUGCUCAGGUCGUCAUCAUCCAGUUCGGAACAGUUGCAUUUUCUACUGCCAGUUUGACACUGGAACAGUGGUUAUGGUGCCUGUUCUUUGGGGUUGGGACUCUUCUCUGGGGCCAGCUAGUGACCACGAUACCAACUAGAAAAAUUCCAAAAAUACUGUCAUGGGGUCGUGGUCACCCAGAAGAAUAUACGGAGGCAAUAGCUCUUGGCGAAGAGAAGUUUGAUCCUGAUUCUCAGGAUGGCAAGAAGCCUCGUGCAGGCCAAAUUUUGUGGAUUCGUGGCCUUACAAGAUUACAGACCCAGGUGAUAGGUGGUGAGUUGCAAGAACGUUUGAUUCCGGUCCCCUACAGCAAGAGCUCCACUGACCAAGCUGUAAGCUGCUUUCCUACUUUCUUUCUUGUCCGCUUGCAUUUAUUCGCAGUGGGGGUGUGACAGAGGCUGAGGGUGGACAUUAGUGGCUCCCACCCUGUUGCCCCCUCCAGCCUCUGUUCAUUAGCCCUGCUGCUGCUUUUGUGGCAGUGAGAGGAGCUUUCUGUGUGUUGUGCCUUUGUAUAACAGUCUUGGUGUCUUGCCUUGUCCAACCUUUUCCUUUAGGAAACUGACUGUUAGUUUUUUACUUUUUUUUUUUUUUAACUUCAUUUUACACUACCCCACUUGUGAGCCCCAGUUUAGUUUGCGUGUAACGCGCGAGUCCUCAGAAUGGGGACACUCGCGGUACUCGCUUCAGGUAGGUGGCUAUUUUAAGUGCAUGGUUUUCUGUCGUUGGUUUGUGCACCUUUUCUGUACUUUUGCCACAUGCCCGCUCCCGCUCCUUUUCUUUUCUUUUUUUCUUUUCUCUGUUGCCGUCCGGCUCGGUCGGCCCGGCCCCAAUGUUGCAGGUGCCCCCAUCCCUCGCUGCAUGCGGAAACAGAACGGAACAAAUGACUCUGAGCCGCGCCUCUUACUUCAGAGUAACCAAUUUCAGAUGAUAAAAAUUUCUGCAUGGUUUUUUCCUUUUUGUUCCGCUGCAAGAGUUUCAUCUUUAGCGGUCGAGUGUGUUAAACGCCGGCUGGAAAAGGUGCGUGGUGUGUGUUAUUACAAUUUUCUUUCGCUACUAGAAACGAAAGUCGCCUGCCUGUUUCAAACUUUGAUAUCUUUUUGACACAAUCCGGGCGUGCAGUGCUGCUUUUGAUAAUUUUUCUUAUCAUAUAAGAUCUCAGAGUGCUCGUCGGCUGUUACUGGGUCGACUUACCCCAAGCUGAUGCCGAGACGGUCGACCGGCUGGUGUUGCGUUACUUAAACCUGUGCUUAAUUCUGCAAAGGUUAAAUAUGUAUCUGUACGUAUGUAUAGAGUUAAAUAUUAGACUGACAUUUAUUGCUGCUGUAUUGUGUUGUUAUUGGCUUGCAAUGUAAAUAAUAGGUGUGUUUUUGAUUGGCAAGGCAGUGUGCUGGUCAGGAAUGUUUUAAUAUUUUUCUUAAAUUUAAAUCAUAAUAUUACUGUUGAUUUUUCUCAGCUGUUGACAAGUAGCAUGAGUCCAUCAAUAUCAGCAUGAUGGCAACUUGGAGUUUGAUUUUUCACAGAUUGCGAGUUGCUUGGCCAGUAUGUCAACAAAUUUAACGAAUUGAGUCGCUGUGUUAUUGCAUGUUGUUGUGUUUAUUAACAUUUGGAAUUAGUACUUUUUUAAUUUUGAUUCAGUUAAACAUUUACUAAAAUACCAAAAGUUAAAGAAAGGCAAACUUUAGUUCAAUGUUACAAAUGGCCAAUAGUUUUAAAAUUGUUUAAUUUUGCAAUUUUUAACUCGAGAAAAAACUUUGCUUGUAGCCACUAUCACUGCCAAGUACAACAAAGUUUAUGCAGGUACCUGGAUAGUUUUAUUUAAUUCCCUCUGCUUAAAAAAAAAAACAUGAAUAAAAACAGAAAUGAAAUAAGUAUAAGCAGCUUUCCAGCAUUACGCUUAGGGUAUCCUUUUCAGAAAUAUGACCAUCCAACACAUUGUAGUGGUAGAAUUGUACAACUAGAAAAUUAUCACAAAUGUAGUACUAUUCAGUAGCUUACGUACAUCCAGCUCAAAUCGCACUACACCAAAGUAUUACACUAUGGUAUGUAUGUAUGUAUGUACGUAUGUAUAUAUAUAUAAUUUUUUUUUUAAAUCUGAUAUAUUGAACUGCAAAUUGCCUGUGGGUAUUUAUCACUAUUGUUGCAAAACAAUUAACACUUCGAUCAAAAUUUUAUGUCGAUGGACUGCAAUUAGUGGAAAUGUCUCGAUGCUUUUACAUUAAUUAGGCCCCCUUUGCCUAAUGUGCAUAUGCAUACAAAAUGUGAACUGGGAAGCUGUUCCAUUAUAAUGGAAAAAUAAUAAUUAUUACGAAUAACUAGAUGAACUUUAAUACAUUUGAGGUGGCAGAGAAUGCCACUCCCCUUAAAUUUAUUGUUGAUGUAGUAAAGGGUUCUAAUGUUGUUAAUCAAUAAACAGUUGUUAAAUGUUACUAGAUACUUAUAUUGAUAUUAAAUAUGAAUAAAGAAGUUAGGUAUUUUCAUAUUGUCAGUCAGUAUUUAUAGGAUGCAGUCGGGUAACUGUUAAAAACUUAAGUUUUUUGAUAAGUUUUUAAUUAUCUGAAUGUUUGUAGGCAACGGGCUAAUCAUUUCUGUUGCUAUAAUUUAAUUUAUUUUUAUGUUCACAUUGCAUCACAUGUUCUUAUAAGAAUGGAUUUCAAAAUUUGAUCAAUGCACUGCCAUACUUGUAAAGUCUUUUUGCAAAUUGGGUAUAUGCCAAUAUUAUUGGCACAUACCUUGUUGAUAUUGUACAUAAAAUGGCAGCUGUGCUGCUGAUGGUACUGCUGUAAUAAGUAUCUUUAUAGAUAUAUAUAUACACAUAAUAUAUAUAUAUAUUAUACAUAUUACUCAUACUUACAAAAAUUUGAUGAAACAUAAUAAACUGUAAUUUUAUGAUAAGAAUAUUUUAAUUCCAUUUUACCUCUACUUUUGGAAAUGAAAGGAAAGUAAACACAGUCACAGGUCUUUAUAAUAAAAUAGUUUAUUUUAGUGUAUCAGAUAUUGUAGUGCCUUAUAACAUUUUAUAAAAAAUGGAAAGACUUUGAAUUACAGAAAUUCUAGAAAUCUAUUGUA